UUUUAUACUAUAAAUAUAGGCUCGAAGCAUCAGUCCCCUCUCAGUUGUCUCAAACCCUAGCAGCUCUCAGCAGAGAAACCUUAGAGCAUCUUGCCUCUGCAAAAAUGGGGAUUUCUCGUGAUUCUAUGCACAAGAGGAGGGCCACCGGAGGGAAGAAGAAAGCUUGGAGAAAGAAGAGAAAGUAUGAGCUCGGAAGGCAACCUGCAAGCACUAAGCUGUCUAGCAACAAGACAGUGAGGAGGAUUAGGGUUCGAGGAGGAAAUGUGAAGUGGCGUGCUUUAAGACUUGAUACCGGUAACUACUCAUGGGGUAGUGAGGCUGUGACCCGAAAGACCAGGAUACUUGAUGUGGUGUACAAUGCAUCCAACAAUGAGUUGGUUCGUACUCAGACUUUGGUGAAGAGUGCCAUCGUUCAGGUUGAUGCUGCACCUUUCAAGCAGUGGUAUCUCCAGCACUAUGGUGUGGACAUUGGUCGCAAGAAGAAAACCACAGCAGCUGCCAAGAAGGAAGGAGAGGAAGGUGAAGCUGCUGCUACCGAGGAGGUGAAGCAGAGCAAUCAUGUCCAGAGGAAGCUGGAGAAGAGACAACAGGCUCGCAAGCUUGACCCUCAUAUUGAAGAGCAAUUUGGCAGUGGUCGUUUGCUAGCUUCUAUUUCAUCACGUCCUGGUCAGUGUGGGCGAGCUGAUGGAUAUAUCUUGGAGGGCAAAGAACUGGAGUUUUACAUGAAGAAAAUACAAAGGAAGAAGGGCAAGGGAGCUGCCUAGAGUUUUGUUAUUUGAAUUUUAUUUUCAGAUCAGGCGUCUAUAUUUUCACCUUAUUUUGCUUGAAGUUGGACGUGUAACUUUUGAUGAGAUAAGAAAUUUAACUUGAAGGUAGACCUGUCAUUUGAAUUUUGAGUAGAAUAUUCAGGUGGUUCUGGUUUAA